CAUCAAGCGGUAGUAUAAACCACUGUAACCUUAAAAUAGGCUAUGUAAAAGAUAUAUUAAUUCCUCUUAGCAGGUAUUUCAUAAAUAUCACCAACUCAAGAUGUUUGGUCUCCUUGUAUUUAUCAGUUUAGCAUCCCUGGUGUUAUGCCAGAUUCACGAAACUCCCCCCACGCCUCCGUCCCAUCCUACCGACCACCCUCACCCGCCACACCCUACCGAACCCCACCCGCCUCACCCAAAUGACCACUCUCCCCCGCCUGAAAUCGAUCACACGUUUAGUGAUGCUAACAUCGCAUUCUACAAAGACCUUCCAAACAGGGCCAUUAUUCUGAAGUCGGACUCGGGCUGUUACGUCACACAGUUGGAUGAUAGGCAGCUUCAGGACAUUAACGACACGGAGAAACUACUUCGCAUUGAGGCUGAGAUUAUUCACCAUAUCAGGACCGCCCACCACUUCCACAUGGCUGACAACCCAGAUCAAUACAGCAGUGAAAUCCAGACCAGUUGUCCCAAACUCUAUGCCCAUCACAAAGAACAUUAAAACCAC